AUGGCCCACCAGGGCGCCGCCGCGCUGGCGCUGGUCCUCGCGCUCCUGGCCGGGACCCAGGCCUCGGUUGCAGAGGACGCUGACUACCGUGUGCAGGAGACCUGGGAACGGGAGCCCUACUAUGCGCGUCCGGACCCCGUGCCCGAGCCCUUCUCGCCACCGCUGCCCGCGGGGACCAGGGAGUUGGCACGAGGGUUGCCUGAACCCAGGCCGCCCAAGAAGGCCACCAAACCCAAGAAGGGGCCCAAGAAGGGGAAGCUGCCUCCUGAGCCUCCGCAGCCAGGUAAAACCAGCCCCAGGAGAGGUGCUAGAAUCAGGAGCAUUGAGAAGGCUGCCAGUGACGCUCAGAGUACCCCCGAAGCCCGUGAGGACAUCAGAGAGAGUUGCCCACCGCUGGGACUGGAGACCUUGAGGAUCACGGACUUCCAGCUGCACGCGUCUACAACCAAGCGCUACGGCCUGGGGGCGCACCGGGGCAGGCUCAACAUCCAGGCGGGCAUUAACGAGAACGACCUCUACGACGGCGCCUGGUGCGCCGGACGGAACGACCGCCAUCAGUGGCUUGAAGUGGACGCCAGGCGGCUGACCAAAUUCACUGGCGUCAUCACACAAGGAAGGAACUCGCUCUGGCUGAGUGACUGGGUAACAUCCUACAAGGUCAUGGUGAGCAAUGACAGCCACACGUGGGUCACGGUCAAGAAUGGGUCCGGAGACAUGAUAUUUGAAGGAAACAGCGAGAAGGAGAUCCCGGUCCUCAAUGAGCUGCCCGUCCCCAUCGUGGCUCGCUGCAUCCGAAUCAACCCACAGACCUGGCUGGACAACGGGGACAUCUGUCUGCGCAUGGAAAUCCUGGGCUGCCCGCUCCCUGAUCCUAAUAACUAUUACCACAGGCGGAAUGAAAUGACCACCACUGAUGACCUGGAUUUUAAGCAUCACAGCUAUAAGGAAAUGCGACAGCUGAUGAAAGUCGUGAAUGAAAUGUGCCCCAAUAUCACGAGGAUUUACAACAUUGGCAAGAGCCACCAGGGCCUGAAGCUGUAUGCUGUGGAGAUCUCUGAUCACCCCGGGGAGCAUGAAGGCUCGGAGCUAGGAGGCUGGUCCCUGGGGCGCUGGACUCACGAGGGCAUCGACAUCAACAACAACUUCCCUGACUUAAACACACUGCUCUGGGAAGCGGAGGACCGACAGAACGUCCCCCGGAGGGUGCCCAAUCACCACAUCACCAUUCCGGAGUGGUUCCUGUCUGAAAAUGCCACGCACGUGUUCCGCUGGCUGGCCUACUCCUACGCGUCCACCCACCGCCUCAUGACGGACGCUCGGAGGAGGGUCUGCCACACGGAAGACUUCCAGAAGGAAGACGGGACGGUCAACGGGGCUUCUUGGCACACGGUGGCUGGAAGAUACCUAUUAGCCCGCGUGUUGUUUCGCUUAGCCCAGGCUCCAGCCUUCCCCUCUCGCUCAGGCGUGUUUGUUCUUUUGGCGGCCCAUGGCACUUCAAGAUUCUUCGCCAACACCUCGCUGUGGGUUCAUCGCGGCAUCAAAGGCAUCGUGAGAGAUUCACUUGGGAGAGGGAUUCCAAAUGCCAUUAUCUCCGUAGAAGGUGUGAACCACGAUAUCCGAACAGCCAGCGAUGGGGAUUACUGGCGCCUCCUGAACCCGGGCGAGUACGCGGUCACAGCCAAGGCGGAAGGCUUCACGGCCUCCACCAAGGACUGCCUGGUGGGCUAUGACAUGGGGGCCACGCGCUGCGAUUUCACGCUCAGCCAGACCAACCUGGCCAGGAUUCGGGAGAUCAUGGAGAAGUUUGGCAAGCAGCCUGUCAUCUUGCCAGCCAGACGGCUGAAGCUGCGGGGCCGCAGGAGACGACAGCGCUGGUGAGCAGCCGACACUGGCCGAUGCUGACCCGCCUGGCUGUGCCCGGGAGGAGGUGUGUGGUGCCAGGCACUCCCCCCGCCCCCCCCCCAACCCCCGGAGGCCAGGUGAAGGGCUGAGAUUUUCUUUUCUUUUUUU